GUCUCGAAUUCCUACAAAAUGCUUUAUCUCAAUUUUCAUCUUUACGCCCGACUACUCCUGAAGAAAAGAGAACAAACUAGAAAGCAACCCUUCUCUCCAAUGAAUAACCCUUACACACCAAAAGUUAUCAGCCUAGAAAAUUCAGACAGCUUUAGGCAAUUUAUCUUAAUCCAAGAUGACAGUUAACAUUAUUUCUUCCAGAAGAACGCUCCGCUCUCACGCUUCUGUCUCAAAGUUCAUGCAUGUUGUCUUACGCAACAGUCUGGCCAUAAAAGUUUGUAUGAUGAGUCUGAAUGUUUUUCUUGAUUACAUCUUCCUGAUUUCCAGUAACUUUCUCUGCCAAUUUGUGGUUAUUAAAGCUUAAGGGAUUUUCAAUUCCACAGCUUUCUCCCCUUUGCUUUACAAACACGGCUUCCUUCCCGUAAAGAUAUAUUAGACAAAACAAAACAAAAAAAGAAUACCGCACGUGAGUUACUCGCAAAUGCAAGCCCGACAGUUCAAAGAUAAUAAUUUACAUACAGAAGUUAGGCUAACAACGCACGUUCUUGUCUUACAUAACACUCUUAAUACAAGGACUCAUGUGCGAGGAGACAAAACUUUAUCCUUCGUGUUAAUCCCUCAGUGUUCUCUAAUGCUUUAGGAAUGUGAUUUGGUUCCCCAGUUGUAUCCCUUUGGAAAGCAUGAUUGACUCCUCGCAAACAUGAGGAGAUCAUUAUUACAAAAUAAGACUGGCAACAGAACUUUCAUGAGAGAUUUUAAAGAGAAACUACAACUUUCAGUAGUUUAUUCAUAGUAUUGCGGAUGGUCAAAUUGAGCGCUAUUUUUAGUGGCUUGCGAACUGCUGUCACAGGAACCAAACCGCAAAAUAUUGGAUCAUGAAACAAAAAGGUCUCAACUUUAAAGUUUAACUCUUGAACUCGUUAAAUCUUGAAGUGUUAUUCUCUAUUCCAGCUACAAUACUUUUAUCUUUUAAAUUAGAGAUUGUCUAAUUCUUAUAAGGUAUUUCAUGGCUGUGUUAAACUUGUGGAGAGAAGUCACAUGUUGAUAACUUCAGAUUGUUAAAGGGAAUGUCUUUGUCUUUUAGAUUUACUUCUUCAAGUUACUACGAAAAUGAUAUCCUUCUCGUUAAGGCAAGGUAAAUAAACAACUCCAUAUCGAGCUGAAAAUCUUCACAGGAGACGUUUAAGAGGAAACCUCGAUAUUUCGACUUAAUUUUAAUUUCUAGGCAAAAUACCCCAUAGUCUUCAAACGGAAGGAACAGGCCAAAACGUAACGAGAAAUUGCAAAGAUAACAUCCGAUUUGAAUGGAUUUUCUGCGACAUACAAAUAAUGACCAAGCGAUUAUUCAAAUUCUUGCAUCAUGACGGUUACAUAACACAAUCUUCGCACGUGCACGAUCGUGCUUCAAGUUCAAGUUAAACAAGAAAGGCUUUCAUUCCAAAAGUCAGAGAGUUCAAAGUUAUCAUCUUUGUCUUCGAGCGUAAUUUUCUCCAAUGGAAUGUGUCUCGUGACAUUGGCACAAUGGGCUCUCUGACACAAUCAAGAUGGCUCUCAGGAUCAUUUCCUGGGGUGUUUUGAACUCAUAUCCGGAGCGAACAGAGGGUUUUUGUUCGCUACUGUUUUCCAAUAUUUAAGAAUGAAUGCAGCAUUUACAACAUACGAAGUGGAUUUACUCGAAUUCACUGACCCGUGAAGCAGGCACAUCAUGUUCUUUUGUUAUUGUAAACAGAUAAACAGAUGUCCCUUCCAGAAAAUUUUUAUAUGAAGCCGGUCUAUGGAGCGGUAUGCGAUUUUUUCAACUCCUACUAGAGCAUACUCGAUGCGCCUCUGGACUUGACAUUAUUGCAAAGGAAUGAUCCUUUCCCAUUCCUUUCAAUCCUUGGCAAACCGGUGGGUUCCAACUACUUCCACUACCAAACCGUUAGCGGGAAAGGGUUUACUGGGAUCUCUUGCAGACGUGUGCAAGGAAGUCGGGCGAAUUAAUCAUCAGAACUAAAAAUAGGUUGAAUGAUCAUUUCUGUUUUUGUCAUUUCUGAUUUUAUUAUAUCACGCCCGACACAUCUGAUAGCUAAGUUGUCGUGGUUAUAACCACAAAACUAAAACCACGAUAUUGCGCGCGCUACUUCACUGUAAUAUUAAGUGACGAGCGAUCCAUCAAAACAUAAAUGUCGAUGACUUGACAUAUAAUUUUUUUACCGGAGAAUAACAACUGGUAAAACUGAAACGAAAAGCUGUUUUAAUGUCGUUAUUUAAUUGUUUAUCUAUGUCUGGUCCUGAACAUAAUCCUACAUAAGUCCUAUAUCAAUUUUCGAGGCAACCACGCGUCAAAUCAGUGUUGAAAUUGCUAUCAACAGUUCGGACAAUAACUCCUACGCCAUCUGCCAAACUGGAAUUGUAUUAUUCUUCUUCUUUUAUAGAGAAAAUGCCACGAAGACUUAGAAGCUUUUUAUUUACCGUUUACUCAGGCGCAAUGGUUGUCAUAAUCGAUUUUCAAAGAUAAGAAGCAUUAAUUAAAAACCUUGAUGAGUGUCUUAAAGAGAACAAAGAAGAAGUGUGAUAGCUUGGCAAACAAUGUGAAACAAAUGAAAUCGCGUCAAGUAUUUUUAGGGAUGAGGGAAGAGCAGGGAGGCAGGAAAAAUACAUGUUUACCUCGCUGCGAACCGCAAACGAACCGCACUUCACUCGCACAGAAAGUCAACAAGGAUGACCCCCCAAGAAACCACAAGAACCACAAAAUAAGAUUUAAUUAUCUCAACAGGAGACAGCGCAAUAAGGUUGAAUAAUACUACUGUCGAUUAGCUGUCACUGCAAGCAAUCAAUUGGAACAAAACCAGUAGACGUGUUGAUAUAACUGUUUCUUUACUGAGUUUGUGUACACGUCUCGCGGUGCAUUGUUGUUUCGCGCAAGGCGCUAAUCUCCUUUGUGUUCACGAGCUGGCUGGAUGUCAUAACCGACAAGUCUUGACGCGACACAGUCGUGUGUUUUCUACACCUUGUGACAAACAGAUUUCACACCGCAGUUUUGUAUUACUCCGGAGAGUGAUCCGCCAUGUUGAAGUUUGCAGUCAAGAGGAAACCGGUCGAGUUAUUUCACGAAGCGGUUGGUGUCAAGGACAUUUUCAGGGUGCAGUUUCUCCUUGAACAGAGCGAGUCACAAUUUCACGUCGAUGAUAUCGACGAAGAUGGCAUUACCGCUCUGCAAAGGUGUUCAUUUACUGGAAACUUAAAAUUAGUGCAACUGCUUGUGAGUCAUGGCGCUGAUCUUAACAUACAGGAUAAAGAGGGUUGGAGCGUUCUGCAUGCUGCUUCAGUAGCACGAAAUCAUUCCAUCAUCCGAUAUCUCAUAACCAUGGGCGCUCCAGUGGAGUUAGAGAACGACCAAGGGGAACUGGCGAUCGAUCUGGCGCAAGAUCUGCAAUCGGUUCUAAUUCUCGCCGAAGCUAUGCGAAGGAGAGGGAAAACUAGAGAAGUCGAGCAGUUCUUGAAAAGGAGGCCCGAUAUAAGAGAGCUAAUAGAGGAAAAGGCGCAGCAAAGUGAUCUAACCAGUUUGAUAAAAGAGCCGCGCAAGAGAGCGACAAGCGAAAUCAUUUUACCUAAAAAUAUUUCGUCGGUUGAAUCGCAAAAAAGGCGCAGUUCCUUACAGCCAAGAGUUCCGACCGCAAAUGUCAAGAUGCGAGAUAAAGAUCAGGAAAGGUUAAUGGAUGUUUCAAGCUUCAGUGGGCCCAGCGGGGUUGAGUUACCCUCACAAGAUCAAGAUACACAUACCAAAAACCGACUGAGUUGGGACGUCGGUUGUAAGGACACGGUUUGCCUUAAAUGCGGAAAGCGCCGACGGGAAGUCUUCAAACGACAAUCGACAUCAUCUUUGUGUUCUAACUCAUCUGACUCAUCGAGUUCAUCCGAUUCCGCGUACAGUUCGACAUCGACAAAUUCUGCCGCGAAUGUGUACUCUUUCGAGAGGGGAAUAAUAUCUUCACCCAGGCAAAACAACGAUACAAGAGUGGAGAACUUUACUCAAGAUCGUAAACGUGCGUCGUCUGUUAACGUUUGCUUAGAUCCCGGAAAUCCUCCUAACCGCGAGUUUCCAACUAAUGCACAGUUUCAAUCACGGCGUAAUUCAUCCCCUGCCACGUACUUGCACAGUGAUCGAUAUAACACGUUUCACAGAGAAUCGAAAGCGGGUUUUACGAUUGCGAGUGCGAUCAGCCACCAAGUUACAAACGUGAACGAGUUGAAUAGUUAUGGCGUCUCACUCCUCCACGAAGCCGCAGCGAAAGGUGAUACGGAAGGAGUAAAAUUACUUCUGGAACAUGGCGCCGAAGUAAACAGGCAAUCUUUGAACGGAAGCAGUCCUAUCCACGAGGCUGUUAGAGAAGGAAAUGUUGUGACGGCUUCUAUAUUGAUCGAACACGGCGCGGAUUUAUUUUCUGAGACAGAUAACGGCUUGUUGCCAGUAGAUAUGGCCAAAGACAUUGAAAUCAAACGCUUCAUUGAAAAUGCGAUGGCUUUGAAAUAAUUGAAUUCAACUGCAGUUUACAAUAAACAGUUUAUCUGGAAUUUCCAGACCAAGUAUUUAUCAAAAUAUUAAGGAAACUAUAUUUUUUGAAAUAACCAUGUACUUUACUAUCUCAAUUGUAACUCAGCAGUAUUAGACGACUGAGGUAAAACUACCAAAGAUACCAAAAAAAAAAACCCUCUACAUUGCGUCAAAAUGUGUAUAAGCCAGUAUAACUUCGCAUUAAAAUUGCAAUUACAAUUA